GGUUCUGAAAGCCAUUGGCCCGCGACGGACAAAAGCGCCUGUUCCGGGAGUUAGGGUUCGCCUCCCGGAAUUAAGCCUGGACCUACUUCGCAUUAUCCCCGACAGAACUACAGAAACUACAGCAUCAUUACUAGUCUACAUACAUACCUAAAGAGUUGCUACUCCAGUUCCAGCCCCUCCCCCCAAAAUUACCCAGAGUAUCAAUCAGACUAUUCAACAAUCAACAUUCAUCUAAACGACCCCCCAAAAUGACCAAAUCAACCCACCUCCUCAUCAUCUUCGGCGCCACCGGCCAACAGGGCCGCUCCGUCAUCUCGCACGUCCUCCACGACCCCGAGCUCUCCGCCCAGUACACCCUCCGCGCCAUCACCCGCAACCCCGACCAGCCAUCCGCGCAGGCCCUUCUCGCCCAGUACCCCGAGGGAAGCAUCGAGCUCGUCCGCGGCGACCUCGACUCCCCCGCCUCGGACCUCCAAUCCCUCUUAGAAUCCACCCACCACCAAAGCGUCACCAUCUUCGCCAUGACGCAGACCAUCUACAGCGACCCGGACUUCGCCGCCCGCGAAACCCGCCAAGCGCACGCCCUCGCCCACGCCGCCGUCGCCAGCGGCGCCGACUACCUGAUCUGGAGCUCGGCGACGCACGCCCAGGCCGCCUCGGGCGGGAAGUACUCGGUCCCGACCUUCGAUGUGCGCGCCGAGGUGGAGGCACAUAUCCGGGGGUUACCCAUUCGGAGUGCGUUUGUGGCGCCCGCAUCGUUUAUGCAAAACCUGGAGGGAUCGGGGAUGAUGGCGCCGAGAAGGGGGGAUGGUGGGGAAUACACCAUCACGAAUAUUCUCAAGCCCGAUACCAAGAUCCCAUGGAUCGAUGUGGUGGCGGACCUGGGGAAGUUCGUGGGGAUGAUUCUCAAGGGGCCGGAGAGGUACGAGGGCCAGUGUUUGGCGGCGGUGUCGUGCGUGUAUUCGUUCGAGGAGGUGGCGGAGAUGAUUGCAAGGUCAUCGGGGAAGAAGGUCAAGUAUCACAUGGUUGAAGAGGAGGUGUUCCGGGGUUUCUUGCCGCCGGUUGCUGGGGUGGCGGACUGUGUGGUGAAUAUGUUCAGGUUCUUUGAGGAGUUUGGGUAUUAUGGGAUGGUGGGAAAGGAAGAGGAGAAGGAGUUGGUGGAGAGGGCGAGAGAGCUGGUACCGGGGGGGUUGGUGGCGAUGGAGGAGUUUGUGCAAAGAAUUCGAUUGUGAUUGAUAGUGUUUUUUUGAUAUCACGGCUGUACUAUACGGUGAGGAGAUUGGGGAGUUCUUGAGUCUUGAAGUACUGAUGUAAGGGAUGAUAGGAUAAGUGGAGUUGCAACUAUCACUCGUGCGCACAUAACAAAGCCAUGGCAAGAUGAGGCUACCCGCAGGGAACAAUGUACAAUAUAGUCCACUUCUGUGGCAGCCA